AUGAAUAAACAAAUCAUUGCUCUCUUUAUGAUUGCUACUUUUGCAAUCGCUUAAACUCCUGGUGCUAGAAUCCACUUAACUGCUGGUUUCAUGAACAAGGCUAAGGACUGGGCUUUACCCACUCUCAUCCCCGGUGGUAAGUUAGACCUUAACGCUCCUGACACUGAUGCUUCUGGUUUCCACUUAUCAAAUAUGCACGGUGAAUUAGAAAUCCCUCCUGAGACUAUCUCUUUCUCUAUCACUGAAAAUAACUUCGAACUCUCCAUUAAUGACAUGCACGUUUCUUUCCAUUUCGAAGCUAAGUUAAACAAGUUCAUUAAGGGUUCUGCUUCCCCCUCUGGUACCUUCUCCACUGAUGUUACUGUUAGUUUCGGUAUCAACGGUGCCGGUCAAUUAUAAGUUGCCUCUUUCGGUAUCCACAACUUCAGAAUCGGUCACACCACCGUCGAUUUACCCGGAUUCGUUAAGGCCAUCCUCAACUUCUUCAUUGAUCUCCUCUCUAGAAUCGUUCAAGGCAAACUUAACGAUAUGGCCCCUGGUAUCUAAAACUAAAUUAACGCUAUGUUGACUAAGUCUCCCACUGAAACUGGUUUCGGUAACUUACCCAUCGGUUUGGACCUCACCUUCAGCAAUGCCAUCCAACUUACUUCUGGACAAAUGAUUGUUGCUUUGAAUCUCUUUGCUUACAACAACCAAAAGCCCAAGGUUAGACCCCCCUUCGAAAACCCCACCCCCUUCCCUGCUGGUCCCGCUGCUCAAGACUUCACUUUCUUCUUAAGUGAAUACACCCUUAACUCCAUGUCUUUCGCUGCUUUCGACACUGGUAUGAUGGCCAAGGACUUCGGUAUCGAUAUCCUCUAAAAGCUCUCCUCUGUUGAAUAACUUAAUGGUAUGCUCGGUGGUAUUGAAGAUGUCCUCAAGAGUGCUACCGUUACCGUUAAGGUUCAUGCUGGUAACUACCCCUAAUUCAACAUUGCUGGUGGUGUCUUCUCCCUCGCUACUGACUUAGUUGCUGAAUUGGUUGCUACCUAUGCUGACAAGACUAUCCCCAUCCUUGGAUUAAACAUUGCUACCAACUUUGGUGUCUCUGCUUCCGUUGUCAACAACUCCUUCCUCGGUUUCCACAUUGACCACGCUCAAUUGACCAAGUUCGACGUUACCCUCUCUACCUUCAAGACCAUUAACUUAGAAUAAGUCACCACUUUAAUCAACAACGUUUUGGCUUUCUUCUUACCUGAAAUUAACGAAAAGUUCUGCAACGGUCAAAUCCCCAUGAACGGUGCUAACUUCGUCCUUAGCGGUGCUGCCCUCGAAUUAGUCGACCACCACAUCAUGGUCCAAGCUACCCCCUAAUUCGGUAACUUCGCCCUCUGA